AGCUUCUCACAAACUCAAAACUACUUUUCGUGACCUUUUAUAAGUCACCAAUAUCACGAGCGCCCUCAACAUGAUUUCCAUAUUCCCUUUGCAACGCUUUUGAGAGAAAAUAUGGAAAUAAAUCAAAAUACAAUAACAACUUUCAAACACAUAAAUUUACAUAAAAUAAGUCUAAGCUCUAUAAACACAUUUACAUACGCUCUUCCCCCCGCUUGGGCGCUCUCUCUUACACUCUCAUCGGCUUUUUGUCAUGCUGGCAAUCUUAUCUAUUUCGUUCACCGCAAAUAUAUAGGACCACCAUUUGGUUUGGAUGUAUAUGGCGGCAGCAACAGCAACAGUAACAACAAUAAACAACACAAUGGCAGCGGCAACAACAUCAAUAGCAACCACAACAAUAACAACAAUAUUAAUAACUUGCAAUGCAACAGCAACAACGAGCAGCCGAGCAAACCCACCGCACUGACGGUUGGUCACGUGCCAACGUACUCGUGCAACAGCAAUGCUGGCGGUGGCGAUGGCGUCGGUGGCAGCAGCGACAACAGCAACAAUAUUUACACUAGCCGCGCUAAUGGUACGAAUGACGGCGCAGGUGACGCCGCUGUCGGCGAUCGCACCGCAAAAUGUGAUGCAACUACAAAAUUAGCCGCAGCAACAACAACGAAGGCGGCGGACGCAACGAGAACAACGACAACGGCAACAACAAUACAAACGGGCUGUGACAUUGGCACAGCGGGCGUGUCAAGAGCGCUUAUGUCGCUGACAGCAGCGGCGUAUGUCCGCAAAACCGCGAAACCGCCAGCAGUUUCAGGGUCCACAGGCCUGCACUAUCCGUCAGCCGAAAAUAAUUACUCCACCAAGUCGAACAACAUCUGCAGCAGUCUAGCCAGCGCGCAGGAUACAUUGUGGCGUGUGAAAAUGGCUGCCGCACAACAGCACUCCUCCGCCGCGGUGGCAGCGGCGGCGGCGGCGGCAGCAGCUGGCGCACAAAUCUACAUCGAACAGCCGCCCGGUUCGAUAGCGUAUGGCACUUGUCUGGAUCCGCUAACGCAAUGCGUCGUCGACUAUGUCGGAUAUCCGGUGCCACCGCCGCCGCAUAUAACGCAGGCAUCCGCCGCCGCCGCCGCAACGGUGGCAACGUCGACGGCUGGCACUUGUGGCAAUGGCAUUCCGCACGAUUUUUCAAGCUCCGGCAGCAGUCAAAGUCCUUGCGCGCCCGCCAACAGCGGGUUGAGUGUCGUCAGCCAAGCCGCCGCUAUGGGCGAGAGCGGUCAGCGGCAGGAGUAUGUGGAGGAGCUGCAACAGUUGCACGAGCAGCAACUACAGCACCAACAGUAUCAGCAUCAGUUGCAGCAACAACAUCAGCAACAGCUGCAAUCACCGCCACAGCCGCCACAACGUUUUGGCACAUUGAAAAAGUCGCGUCAGCAACAACAGCAGCAACAGCAACGCAUGGAGCAGCAGUUAGGUAAGUGUGACCAGUAUUAAUAACGCUCUUUUAUUGGUGUGUGUAUGUGUGUUUGCCAAAAUGAGGUGCUAAAGUGGAGGAACCAAGUAGAGAAGCCUCAAGAAUUGAUUGCAUUUGCAGCUAAUAGCACCGCGUUUGUAUGUGUGUGACUCCUUGCGGAAGCGCUGAAGUUCAAGUUUGCGUUUACUGCUGAUUCCCGAAAUUCGUAAUUGAAAUGCUGUGUGUGCGCAGCAGUUAAUUUUCCAAUCGGCAGUCAAGCAAUAAGCGCGGAGCCGCAGGUACUAUCGAUUGACUUGGGAAAGACAAAGCAGAGCGUAUCGCGGCUUUGGUUGACAGCGAAUUAAUGGUCUCGAAUCGUGACCAUAAAUUCCGUGAUUUAAAUACUUUUAGUUCAGCACAUUUUGCUCUAGGUGAGAUUAGCUGAGUUGCUUGGGUGUUUAAGCCAGAUUUUCGCUUUCACAUAC